UAACCCCAAAAAAAUUUGAAAACGUGGUGUGAAGCCGUGCGCCGUUUCAUUUUCAUCAUUUUAUCUAAUCGGAAUUGAUUUGUUCUUCUAUGCUCUUUUAACUUUUGCAAAGAAAAUUAACAAACUUCGUUGCUCUUAAAUAUCUAUGCGUAUCAAGUAUGAGCAAAUUCAACUUUGAAAGAUUCAUGUGUAAAUUGUGCUGCUGGAUCAGGUUGUUCUGCUAUUGUCAGGCUUUCAAUUUUUAAGUCUCAUCUACCAUGGACCUGAUAUCAGACCAAGGACUGCGUGUUGAUGGAAGACGAGCUGGUGAACUUCGCAGAAUUAGAUGCAAAUUGGGUGUCUAUGACCAACCUGACGGUAGUGCAUACUUGGAACAGGGGCAUACGAAAGUGCUAGCCGCUGUGUAUGGACCCCAUCAAAUUCGUGGGAGCCGUACAAAAGCAUUACAAGAUUCUGUGGUUAUUAACUGUCAGUAUAGUAUGGCUACCUUUAGUACAGGAGAGCGGAAAAAGAGGCCUCGAGGUGAUCGCAGAUCUACUGAAAUGACAAUGUUACUGAAACAAGCUGUCUCUGCCGUCAUCAAAGCAGAGCUCUAUCCACGAUCUCAAAUUGAUGUUUUCUUGGAGGUUUUACAAGCAGAUGGUGGGAACUAUUGUGCUUGUGUAAAUGCAGCAACUUUGGCAUUAAUAGAUGCUGGAAUUCCUCUACGUGAGUACGUAGUUGCAUGCACUGCCAGUUUAGCAAAUGGAAAAGUGCCCCUUGUCGAUAUCAGUCAUUUAGAAGAAACGAUGGGUGGACCUAAUUUAACAGUUGCAGCCCUUCCCUUAUCAGGACAGAUUGCUGUGAUGGAAAUGUCCCAACGGUUUCACAUUGAUCAUUUGGAAGAAGUAACGCAGCUAGCUCUGCAAGGUUGUAGGGAUAUCUAUAAAAUUCUAGACAAAGCUGUAAAAGAGCAUCUCUUAGAAACAGGAGAUUUUUUCCCACAGUUAGAAUCAAAUUGAGCUCACUUAUAUUCUUCAGUGUUUCGCACUUAUUUGAAUGGGUUGGUUGCCUCUGUCUUGAAAUCAAGUUUCGAUAAUUCACAUUCUUUGAGCAGCGAAAAAUAGUAAAAUUUGUUGCAACAUUAAAAUCUUUACCUUGCGUUGACGGAGAUAACACCCAUUGAAAAACAUAUCAAAUCUUGCCAUCCACUGCAUUAUUACAACCCAGGAUUUCUUGCACUACAGCCUAGUCAAAUACAUGUCCUUGGGGAGCAGUUAGGGUAUAGGAGAACAUCAUUGCUCUGUGAAACCAAAAUGAGAGGAACCGUGGCUCAUACCAAUGCGAUGGAUGACACCCUUAUGUAGGAGUAUGAAAUCAUGAAUCUUGGUUUUUAUAAGGCAAUACGUUGGUUAAAUUACAAUUUAAAAAUUUAAUAAUUGGACUAUCUAAAGUUUCAACUGUCAGAGAAAUCGGAUUUUAGCAUGACCGCUUGUCUACUAAUUUGUAAGUAUUAUAUCCAUCACAAGAUUGUGUAAAAAGAAAAAAAAUUCUACCGCUCCCUGAGAGACAAAAAAAAAAAAAAAAAAAAUCGGAUGUAGUCAUAAUGCUAUUUUUUUCUUAGGUUUCCAUCUAGCAUUUUCCUAACUAAUGUAUUUACAUCCAAUGAGAACUGAGAGUCAAAUAAAACUUCUCUUACCCGUUGA